AUGCCUCCCCGCAGCGCGAGGCCAUUAAGGAAAACAGGUAGCAAGAUCAUCCGACCGAGGCCGGUUCCACCGCGGGAUGUAUACGUAAAGGCAUGUGUGGAAUCCCGUAUAAGCCCGAACAGUGGUAUGCUUGAUAUCCUCUCCCAGUACACUGCGUGCACGGUAAUUGAGAGUAUUGAUGUUAGCUCCAACUACCUGGGUGACAAGGGGGCUCUUCCUCUGUUCGCUGUUGUGGAGCGGUGCCAAAAUCUGAAGGAGCUCAACCUUGCCGAAAAUGGCCUUCGUAACAAUGCCAUUCGGGCUUUAUGCAUUACACUGGUGAAACACCCGACGCUCGAGCGUCUCAAUGUUUCUGACAAUUACAUCAGCGAAGGUGCUGCGGUUAGUCUUUAUGCUCUUUUAGAGGAUAACCCUAGAGUGUGUUCCUUGGUUAUUGAUAACACAAAGAUUGAUGUAAAGUGGCGAGUAAAGCUUCGUGACCUUGCUCAAGCGAACGCCGAAGCGUUGGAGAAACUGAGGGCAGCGAGCCUGCAAGAAAGUUAG